UUUUGAGUUUUGCUUAGAAAGUUUGAGAAGAAAAAAAAUGAGUUUUAGCAUUAAGCAAUCUGCUUUAACUACAUGCAUCCAUGUCUCAAAUUCUGUUGUUCACAAAAGAUCACCCUCGGCAAUUUGCAGACAUUCCUUUUCACCAUCUUUGAAUCUUCAAAACAACCCCAGAAGAACCAAUCUUUCAGUGUCGAGACCAUUGCAUAUCUCGUCUAUCGGGAACAAAAGGCUAGUGAUCCAAUGCAAGGCGUAUGAAGCAGACAAGUCUCAGCCUAUUGAUGCAGCUGGUGAAGUGAAAUCAGAAGCUGCAAACAGGGUGAAAAUCGGGAUUUAUUUUGCAACCUGGUGGGCGUUGAACGUGGUUUUCAAUAUUUAUAACAAAAAGGUUUUGAAUGCUUACCCUUAUCCUUGGUUGACUUCCACUUUGUCACUCGCCUGUGGCUCUUUGAUGAUGUUAAUUUCAUGGGCAACGAGGAUUGCUGAGACCCCAAAAACAGAUUUUGAGUUUUGGAAGACUUUGUUUCCGGUUGCUGUGGCACAUACAAUUGGACAUGUAGCAGCGACUGUGAGUAUGUCUAAAGUUGCUGUUUCAUUCACCCACAUUAUCAAAAGUGGUGAACCUGCUUUCAGUGUCUUGGUUUCAAGGUUCUUGCUUGGAGAGACCUUCCCUCUCUCGGUUUACCUGUCUCUUAUUCCGAUCAUUGGCGGUUGUGCUCUAUCCGCUUUAACCGAACUCAACUUUAAUAUGACUGGUUUUAUGGGAGCUAUGAUAUCGAACUUGGCAUUCGUCCUCCGUAACAUAUUCUCGAAGAAGGGCAUGAAGGGGAAAUCCGUUAGCGGGAUGAACUACUAUGCAUGUCUAUCUUUGUUGUCUCUCGUAAUUCUCACACCUUUUGCAAUUGCUGUGGAGGGACCGCAGCUGUGGAGGGCGGGAUGGAAAACGGCCUUAUCUCAAACUGGACCACAGUUUAUCUGGUGGGUAGCAGCCCAAAGUAUUUUCUACCAUCUCUACAACCAGGUCUCGUACAUGUCCCUCGACGAGAUCUCUCCCUUGACAUUUAGCGUCGGCAACACCAUGAAACGUAUAUCAGUUAUAGUCUCUUCCAUCAUCAUCUUCCACACGCCUGUCCAGCCCGUCAAUGCUCUUGGAGCCGCCAUUGCUAUCCUAGGAACCUUCUUGUAUUCUCAAGUGAGUGAUCAUGCAACUAAGAACUAGGCAACAGCUCUGUUUUCUAAAAACA